UCUGUGUUGGUCAGUAAAACGAAUGUGCCGGAAGGUGGAUCAGUUGACCUAAGUAUAACAGUCCAAGGCAGCCCCGAUCCGACUACUAAUGUAACACUUUCCAAACAAGGAAAUGUGAUUGCGAGUUUUAAUGGCAGCGGCACCCAUAACAUGACUGUUUCAAACCUAACGUGCGACAGUGGGGGACAGUUGUACAUUUUCUGUUAUAAUAGUGCUGGUGAAGACAAAAAGAUGGAAAACGUGACGGUUUCGGAUGCCCCAAGACUUGAUCCAAAAUUUCCAAACAGAACUUUGUAUCCACGCAUUGGAGAAAACGCUACAAUAGAAAUACACACACUUGGAUGUCCAACCCCAAUUUUCUUCUGGAUUCAUAACAAAAUACCAGUUAACCAUACAGAUGGUAAUCACACGAGCAGAGUCGACGUAAACGUUCGCGGUUAUGCCGACUUCGGAUUGUACAAUGUUGUAAUGGGAAAUCAAGCGGGCCAAGACACAUCUAAUGUCCUUCUGAAAGCAAAAGGGCCACCGGAGACACCAGUGGACUUUCGCGUUAAAGAAGUUGAAGUUUCCAAUGUGACCUUGUCGUGGGUCUCCGGGUAUAAUUAUAAUACUACACAGACGUUCAUCGUUAAGUUUCGUGAUGGAGAAGUUGCGGCGCGAGUUCCUGAUUUGACUGAUGGGCGUGGAGACAUUGUCAUCACACACACUAUCAUGGAUCUAAAUGAACUUUCCCUCUAUAGCAUGGUCGUGCAGUCAAAUAAUACGGACGGAAUAUCUCCUGCAUCGAAUGAAAUUAACUUUACAACUUUAGGAUCCCCGAAACAGGACCCAAAUGCGACAGUAAACUUUACUUCAAAGCCGCGUGUCAAGGAAAAUGUGGAUCUGGUCAUGCAUACUAUAGCUAACCCUUUUCCUGACUUCUUGUGGCAGCAUAACAACACGCGCCUGAACAGUUCAGACCAUGGUCUUACGAGCAUACUGCAUAUCAACGACGUCGCAGUGAAUGACUUUGGCUACUACAAUCUGACAGUUUCCAACAAACUUGGCCGUAUCUAUUUGCAAUUUGAACUCAUUGCAGAUGGCCCUCCAGAGGCACCUUCACAGUUCACGGCUCUGAACGUUGGAGAAACGAAUGCAACCCUUUCCUGGAUAUCUGGAUAUGAUUACAACUCCAUGCAAACCUUUGUUAUUCAAAGGUAUAUCGGCGGUAAAGCCACAGUGUUCAAAUCUUUUAUUGACGUGUCUGGCGGAGGCGGUGACGCGAUAGUCAUUCACACAAUAAUGGACCUCACGCAAACCACCACGUACAAUUUUACAUUGUUGUCGAAAAACUCUCGAGGCGAGACCAAGAGCACAACCGGACAUACGACCUUUUCAACAUUAGGAGCUCCGUCUGCAAAUCCAGAUCGACCGGUGAAUUUUAUAUUUAAACCAAGACUACAGCAGACAGUAACACUAACCAUGCAUGCAGUUGGCAAUCCAGUGCCAUCAUUUAUGUGGGAGCAUGAUGGGGUCCUCGUUAAUAGUUCCGACUCUAACUAUACCAGCCAGGUCACCAUACAAGACGUUAACAUCAACAAUUACGGCAUUUAUACACUGGCGAUGGAGAAUGAGUUUGGAAAGAAACAGUAUAACUAUUCAAUUGAAGCCGAUGGUCCUCCAGAAAUGCCAUCAGCGCUGACUUUUACGACAGAAACAAAUUCUACAGUAAAUCUUACGUGGGUAUCUGGUUUUGACUACAAUAAUGCACAAACAUUUCACGUUCUUAUGAUUGGGAAGGGUAAAAGUAAAGACAUCGCACAAGUAAAGGGAAUAUCUAACGACACAGGAGGAGCCAAACUGUCCUUUCGUUUAACCAAUCUCGUUCCUGACACCCUCUAUAAUAUCGCAGUUACUUCACAGAAUGCAAGAGGAAAAUCAAAUAAGUCUAAAGUUUUGACAUUUGUAACAUAUGGUAAGCCACAAACGGACCCAAAUUACCAUGUUGUCAACGUUUCCUCACCUCGACUUAGCCAAACUGGAUCAUUUGUUAUGAAAGUGAUAGCAAAUCCGAAACCAAUGUUCUUAUGGAUACACAACGGUUUUAACGUUACACACGCUGAUACAAAUCUGACGUCUGCUGUCAGUAUUACAAAUGUUACUGCAGAUGACUACGGAGACUACAAUUUAGAUGUGCGAAAUUCAUACGGAGAGUCAAACUUCACUUUCAUUUUAAAGGCAACAGGGCCACCAGCGGGGAUUAAACUUUUGAAUGUAUCGCAAGUUACAGACAGUUCAGUCGUUGUAUUUUAUAUUCCUGGUUUUAACUACGGAACAAACCAAACUUUCACGGUGCAGACUCAUGCCGCAGAUGGCAAUUGGACAGACUUUGUUACCGAUCUAAAGGACAAGACGAACGGAAAAGGACAGACGGUACAGUCGAACACUAUAAAUAACUUAUCUCCAAGUACACUAUAUAUCAUUCGAAUGAUUGCUACAAAUUUUGAUGGGCCAUCUGAAGAAUCAAUGACGAUACAAUUUACGACGUCCGAAUCAAAACCAGGAAAACAUUCAAAGAAUACAGCUGCGAUAGCAGGAGGCAUUUCCGGCGGCGUGGCUGUGUUUCUUUUGAUUAUUGUCAUCGUUCUUUUUAUCAAGAACAAGCGAGCUAAUCGGACAAUCGAAGAGACACCAAGUUUUGAAGAACCUGAAGAGCAAAUGGAUCAACAUACAUACAGAUACGAUGACGCAGCCUUGCUGAAUUAGCAAUGAUAAUGCUUGACUUAAAGGCCUAGUUUAAGCAUUCUAUAAAUGACCCCCCAAAAA